CACUAGUCGGAAAUCGCUGCCGUUUGUUUUCCUCCAAAAGUGACACCACUUUCAAGCGGCGAUGCCGUCCAUCCAAAGUUUAACAAUGACUUGCGACGCGCUGAACGAAGAGGGCACGUUUUCGGAGGGCGACACUUUGACGGGAAGAGUAACUCUGGCCUUACUGAAAGACACAACCAUAGAAAGCUUUUUCGUGAAAGCCAAAGGGGACGCCAACGUCAGGUGGACCAAAAAGGUCGGCGAUCGCACCCGGACCUACUCCGCACACCGCAGAUACUUCAAACUCAAGCAGUUUUUCACCGCAGAACACUCGAAAGAAACUAUUCUACCUCGUGGAACUCAUGUCUUCGAUUUCACGCUGAGAAUACCAGACACUAGCAUGCCGUCGACCUUCAGAGGGAGACACGGGAGGAUCUGCUAUGUGCUGGAAACAAAGCUCUCCAGAAGCUGGAAGAUCGACCGCAUAGUAGACCAGGAUAUCAAGUUUGUCACCAAGUCCUUCCCGAACAUUCAGUCUUUCCUGUCACCUCAAAUCGGUUUAACUGACAAAGAGAUGGGGUUUUUCUCCAAAGGGAGUGUACACAUGGAGGCCACCAUUGAGAGGAGGGCUUUCGCUCCAGGAGAAUCUGCCGUGGUCACAGCAAAGAUCAACAAUUCGUCCUCCAGUGAAAUGAAGCCGAAGAUGACUUUAUUGAAAACCGUGGUCUACCGCGCCACCAGCAGCACGAAUCACGAAAACCACAUUCUGGACAAAGUGGUGGAAGCAUGUAUGAGACCUAAAUCACAGAGGGAGAUCAGGUGUGUGUUGAAGAUUCCUCACGAUGAGCCUCUCUCCAUCCAGAACUGUGACAUCAUCUCUGUGGAAUAUCAAGUGAAGGUAUAUCUGGACAUCUCUCUGGCUUUUGAUCCAGAGAUCUUGUUCCCGAUUAUCAUUGUCCAUCCUGCCUUAGUAUCUGGAGCCACUGGGCUCCAGAGCCGCAGUGACUUCCCUCAGUCCGCAGCGCCUGCAAGUUUCAAUCAAGGACCGGUGCCUCCUGCAGCGUACGGCGCAGGGCAAUACUCCGCUGCACCACAGCCUUAUUCCCAACCACGAGGAGCCUACAGCUAUCCACCCCCGCAGGCUUCGGCUUAUGGAUCUCCCUUUUCAUCUCCGUCUUCAUCGGUGGUCCACCCGCCACCAAGCGCUCCCACAUUUCCCGCCCCGGCACCAGAGCCUUACCCUUCAGCCCCGCCUGCUUACACACUGCCGUCUGCCCCGACAAUGAACACUGACUUCCUGUCCCAGUCGGAUGAACCACCUCCAGCCUACUCACUGCUUUUCCCGUCUUCUGUGCCUGAUACUAACAAAUAGACCAUUUUAACCUGAGAUUGAUGUUUCGUGAGUGUUGUUGUGGUCAGAAACUGUGGUACUAUGCAUGUAUACAUAUGUGUGCCUAUACCAAUGCUAACCAACAGAAAGAGCCAAGCUCGCAAAUGCUGAUGUCAUUGUGUUUACACUCUUUAAAAGCUAUGCAACUGAGUAGUUUCAUGGAAUUGAAGACUGUAUUUGUUGGUCAGUUCAAGCAAACAUUAGUAGCGUUUUACUAACAGAACUACUGCUAUUCCGUUGUAACCAAAGGGGGCAACUGUUUAGCAUCCUGAAAAAAAAAUGUUGAAGGUUUUUGCAAGAAACAUUUUUUUCUGCAGAAGUAUUUUACGUCGACGAGUACAGUUUUAUUAGUGGGGUCAAAUAAAUUUCAAUUAAAAUAUGUGCAGUUAGUGCAGUACUGCUGCAGGUCACGCGACAUCGACGCCUGUUGAGCAAUAGAACUUUUUUUUAUGUUUUUGAGCUCUGCUCUCCAACACUUUCUCAACAACAAAUUCCCUAGCAACUAAUGUUAUCUGUGAUUUUGUAACAGAGACGCUGAAUUGUAUUUCAAGUCCGUCAUUGAAAGCUGUUGCGGGCCGCAUCAGGUGACUUGGCCGGCCAGAUUGAGUUUGACUCGCAUGCACGCCCGCACAUUCACACACUCUUGCAACUAUAUCUUUGUGAGACCUCUCACUGGCAUCAUGCUUUCGCCAGCCUCUCACCAUAAAACUAACCAUCCAAAAUAUGGAUAAGCUUAACCAGAGCCCAAACCGAUCUUAGUCCCAAUUAUAAUAACCUAGUUAUUUUGACAUUUUAACCCUCCAAAUCUUAGGAGGACCGGCCAAAAUGUUCUCACAAAGUGUCUUCUCAAAGAUUGAUCCAUACAACAGCAUUAAAGCAUGUACAGACACAAUUUUAAUCAUGUUUUUGUUUUUAUUUACCCAUUUUUUGAGAGACCCUUUUAUGGUCUGUCUUAUUUAUUUAUUGAUGUGAAAGCUAGACAAUAAAGACUGACUGAACAAUCAACCUCAAAGUGACUGUGUUGUUGUGUCUUCACAAACAAUGUCAGACAAGUGACUUUUGAAUAAAAUGUAAUUUUUUAAGUAAAAAAAAAUAAAACAACUUGUCUGGCAUUGUUGGACAUUACGAACAACAAGCCAAGCAAAGAACCUGACAAAAAUGCGGAAAUAUAAUUUUGCUCGGAAGCAAGAAGGGCAAAGAAUCUGUCCCUCACUAGGCGCAUCAAAAAUAUUUUUAAGUCAAACUGUAUCUCUGUAUCGUACGGAGCCCCUAAGGGGACAUGACCAAGUUUUGCAAUACUGUGACGUUCUGGGUUUAUGCUACUGAUCCUUUAAGAGUUCAAUGGUGACAAGUGAGUGAGGGUGGAGCGAGAUGCUGCGCUGUGGUUGUGAGAGAGUUCUGUUCUGUGGGAGUUUUCUGGAGACCACUACACAGUGUUUGAG